AGAUGAGGCUAGCUAGCCACAUUACCGCCCUGACUGCUGGCCUUCAACCACGUGACCGACGGGGGGGGUCUUGGGGGGUCUUGAAGGCGGCUUCUCGGCAUUUCCUUGACUUUUUUUUUAUCUUGGUAAUAGCGUUUUCCCAAAUACAUGUUUCACCGAUUUGUACAUGCGAGAAGGGCGCAUCUAUGCGGAAACUUUGUUCUGAUAUUACUUGUCUUCCUUACGAAUGCGGUUGUUUGUUUGUUUGUUUGUUUGUUUGUUUCCUUGUUUGUUUGGUUGGUUUUUUGGGGGCUCCCAGCAUCCGGAUGUGACUUCACACGAAACUCAGCAAUAAGUAUUAUUUGUUAAAUAGGGACAUAUUUGACGCCAACAUCCUAUAAUCAUCGUUUUUGUAGAUUUGCUUUCAAUAGUAUUACAUAUUCAACAGUUGUUUAAAGUGUACGUCUUCAGCAUAACGUUUUCGCAAGUCAAGCUCCGUUAAAGUAGCCGGAUGUUAGCCUAUGUUACUUUCAAAACAAAAGCUCGCACUUCCCUACUGUUGGCAGCAGAACGUCCCCACUGAAAAGCAAAAAUCAAGAAGUCAUGAUCGGUUGUAAGCUGCUUUAUAACACGCAUACAAAGGUCAUAGGGACUUGUUAUCGGCGGAAUUAGCUUGCUUGUAUACGGAAGCGGCGCCAUGUGUUUACCGGUGACUUGACGCAUGUGCAGAGCGGUAGGUCGUGCUGUACCCGCCACAGCAUCCACAACCCGCAUUCAGUCAAGCGCUCACGUUCCUCUGCUGGUGGAAGAAAGACUUGUUGGCAUGAUGGAUUGUUCACAGGAAGUGCUGUUUGUGUCUGGGGAGCCCAAGAAGGGAAUGUCCAUCUUCAUUGAUAUUUUACGGCGAGCGGAUAAAAAUGAUGACGGCAAGCUGACCUUUGAGGAGUUCAAGGCGUAUUUCUCUGAUGGCGUUCUGACGCCCGACGAGCUGCAGCAGCUUUUCCACGCCAUCGACACGCACAACACAGACAACGUGGACACGGAUGAGUUGUGUGAGUAUUUCUCUCAGCACCUGGGGGAGUAUAAGAAUGUUCUGGCAGCCUUGGAGGAUCUCAACACGUCCAUCCUGGCCGCCAUGGACAAGACAAAGAAGGAGUACCAGGGGUCCGCCCACCUGGAACAGUUUGUGACCCGCUUCCUGCUGAAGGAGACCACCAGUCAGCUUCAGUCGCUGCAGAGCUCCUUGGAGUGCGCCAUGGAAACCACCGCCGAGCAGACUCGCCAGGACAAACUCAGCCCGGCCAAGCCGGAGGUGUUAUCCAUCCAGUGGACGGGGCGUCGCUCCACCCGGAGACUUCAGAGAAACCACAGCCUGUCCCCCAACAACCCCAUCAUCAACCUCCUUCAUUCAGGUGCUCAUGACGAGGACAGCCAUUGGACGGUUCAGGUCAACAGGCUGCAGAAGCUCAUCGACCGCUUGGAACAAAAGGACAUCCGUCUGGAACCCGUUGAGGAGGAGGUCUUGGAGAGCAAGCUGCACAUCCUCAUCAUCCAGAGGCAGCUGUCUGUGUUGGAGGAGGAGAUGGAGGAGUUCCGUCUGGCUCUCAGACAAUACAUGAGCCAUACCUGCACACAGACUGGAUGCCUGCACAUUGCAGUGCAGCGUCUGGCUAACGAGUCUCACUUUGUCCUUUAUGAAUUCUGGGAGGAUAACAACAUGUGGAAGAAUCACUUGCAGACCAACUACUGCAAAACCUUCCAGAGGGCCAACGUGGACUUCCUGGAAAGUCCGGAGAGCGUGACCACCAUGCUGCUUCCUGCUUCUUGGUGGGUCCUCAACAACAACAACAACUGAUCUUGGACCAGCAGACUCGCCAUGACGUCGUAGUGACAUCUAUUAUGUCGUUUAGCAACUCCGUGUUUCCUUCUUUGCCAGACAAAAAAACUGAAUCUAAAUAGCCGUCGUCUUUGUACAAGGCAACACGUCAUGACGUGUUGGGCGUGACGUCAUAACGUGGCUGCUCUUCCACGUGAGCUGAUAAAGGGAGCUUUCUUUCAGUCACUUUUUAGAAAACGUGUCUUUUACCGCCCCCCGGUGACGGCGAGGGGUACUACAGCUGCUGUACACUUUAGGUGUAACACGUAGAGAUGUGUAUUUAUGUUGAAUCAAUAAACAUAUUUAUGUUGAAUCGAUAAACAAUAUUUAUGUUGAAUCAAUAAACAUA